AUGGCUUUCUAUCUUUAUUUCCUUCUCUCUCUCUCUCUCUCUCUCUCUCUCUCUCUCUCUCUAUCUAUCUAUCUAUCUAUCUAUCUCGCUCGCUCUCGCCUAUCAAUUUCCUUCUUACCUAUCUUCCUCUGGAUCUGCUUGGUGGCUGAGAUAGUCAUAUAUUUCCCCUGGUCCAUUUCUCUCUCUCUCUCUCUCUCUCUCUCUCUCUCUCUCUCUCUCUCUCUCCUUUUCUUUUUCUCUUUCACUUACAUUCCCCCUCACUCCCUCUUUUUUCUCUCUUCUCUCCUUUUCUACCUCUCUCUCUCUCUCGUUUCUCUCUCUCUUUCUCUCGCCCCCUCUCCCUCUUUUUCUACCUCUCUCUCUCCUUCUCUCAUCUCUCCCUCACCCUAUCUCUGUCCACCUCUCUCUUUCUUUCUGCAUCCCCCCUCUCUCUCUCACUCACUCUCUCUCUUUUUCUCUCCCUCUCUCACUCUCCUUUUCUUUUUCUCUUUCACUUACACUCCCCCUCACUCCCUCUUUUUCUCUCUCACUCACACUCCCUCUUUUUCUCUCUCGCUCUCUCCCUCUUACUCCCUCUUUUUUCUCUCUUCUCUCCUUUUCUCCCUCUCUCUCCGUUUCUCUCUCUCUCUUUCUCUCGCCCUCUCUCCCUCUUUUUCUACCUCUCUCUCUCCUUCUCUCAUCUCUCCCUCACCCUAUCUCUGUCCACCUCUCUCUUUCUUUCUGCACCCCCUCUCUCUCUCUCUCUCUCUUCUAUUCACUAUCUAUCUAUCUUUCUGUUUAACUAUGUAUGUCUGUUCAUGUAUAUUUUUAUUUUGUAUAUCUCUCUAUAACUAUCUUGCUCUGUUCACAUCUAUCUAUCUCUAUCUAUAUCUAUAUCUAUCUAUCUAUCUAUCUAUCUAUCUAUCUAUCUAUGUUAUCUAUCUAUCUAUCUAUCUAUCUAUCUAUCUAUCUCAGUCUGUUCAUUAUCUACCUGUCUAUCUGAUUAGCUAUACAGACGGUAUCUCUCUCUCUCUCUCUCUCUCUCUCUCUCUCUCUCUUCCUCUGUUCAUUAUCUAUCUAUCUAUCUAUUUAUCUAUCUAUCUAUUUAUCUAUCUAUUUAUCUAUCUGACCUGA